AUGGCAGGCAAGAGAAAGCGCGGAGCCAAGGAGAAUGGCGCCGCCGCCGCCAAUGGCCAUAAAAAGGCCAAGAAUGACUCUAAUUCAACCGCCAAGUCGACCACGGCCGUCUUCGAAAAGCGUCCGUUUGUCGAGAGCCCGGCCGGCGAGGAACGACGACGAGAGGCGACCCUGUACGACCUUUUGGCCAACGAGGAUGAGAACGAGAGAAUUUUCGCGGCCGACUGCAUCAUAUCCAGCCUCAUAGGCGAGGAAAAGGUCCCCGAGGCCGUGCUGGAGCGCCACCUCGAGCGCCGCCUGUUCCGCGGACUGGCCAGCGGCCGCAACGCCGCCCGGCUGGGCUUCAGCCUCGUCAUCACCGAACUGGUCACCCAGCUCUUCGGCGAGCAGGCCCUCGCCGCCGCGCACUACCCGGGGCUCACCUUUCAAAAGGCCGUCCGCAUCCUGAUGGACAAGACGCAGGCCGUCGGCAACAUCCCCGGCCAGGAGGAGCGCGACCACUACCUGGGCCAGCUCUUCGGCAUCGAGUGCUUCGUGAGCUCCGGCGUCAUCUUCGCCGAGCCGACGCGCUGGAACAUGGUGCUGGACCUGCUGCUCAAGAUCGCGCAGAAGAAGGUCUGGCUGCGCUCGCAGUGCGGCUGGGUCGUCGUGCAGGCGCUGCGGCAGAUGGACCAGGCGUCGGCCGAGGCGACGCUCAAGCAGAUCGCGGACGCCAACCUGGCUAAGACGGCUGACGGCGUCGCGCUCUGGAUUACGGCGAUGAGUCGGUACCCCGAUAUCAAGGUCAAGCCGUGGCGGCACCCGCUCGCGACCAAGACCCUGGGCGAUCUCGCCUCGGUGCUCAAGGAGAGCCUCAACGAAUCUGGCAAGGAUGCUAGUGAAAAGAAGGGAAAUGCACCCAAGCAAGCCAACUGGACGGCGCAGCUGCACUUCGUGUGGGAUAUGCUUCUGGCGUACUAUGCGGGGGAGGACGUGAAGGCUGACGAGCUCGAUCAAUUCUGGCAGCGAGUCGUCGAUGACGGCUUUUUCUCAAAAAAUGCCACUGAUGGUCAAAAGUUCAAGGGCUUCAUGGUCUUUCAGAAGAUGCUUGAGGGACUGGCGGAUCAAAAGUCGAAGCUCGGCAAGCUCUUUUCCAAGAACCUCCUAAACUGCCUGAUGAAUCAAGCCGCAAAGGAAGACCGCUAUCUCCACAGAGCCGCCGUCAAGGCACUCAAAGCUAUUGAGAACACCGUGGCAGCGCACCCUAAGAGCCUUACAACAGUCCUUCGCAAUCUGCUCACAGGCAAUGGUGUCUACAACUUCGACCAGCGCACAGCGUCCAAGACUAUCGACCGUCUGCUGCAAAAUUCCGGCACCAUUAGCGAGAAGAGAAUCCUCGAAGUCCUGCAAUUACCCAUCCCGUCUUUAGCAAGCCAAGAAGAGGCUCAAGCUAAAUCAACCCUAAGAUCAUAUGUCGAGCACUUGUCAAAGGUUCUAAAUGCGUCCGCCUCAACUAGCUCAGAGAAGAGCAACAACAGAGACUCAUUCGGCCUGUAUCUACAAGAACUGUCCCGAUUGGCCUACUCGCAGCCUGAAGAUAUUCCCUCUUUGCUGCUGACAGAACAAAUCCGCGAGCUCUGCCGAUCAAGGCUGGAGUCAUCUCUAUCUAAACUGACGCGCAACGCUGACGACUUUUCUGGACUGUGCAAUGCCAUCGGUGCCAUCGAUCCUAGUUCGGUCGAUAUGGAGGAUGACAUCAAGACGGCAGUUGACGAUGCUCUCAAGCGCAUGCGCAGCCUACUGAAGCGCAAGACCAAAACUGAAGCCGGCAAGAGCGUAAACGAGGCGCUGGCCACUCUUCACGCCAUCUCGAUAUUCCAACUAUACAACGAAGACCCUGACGCUAUGGAGUCACUCAAGGAUCUGGCGCAAUAUGACGACAAGCUGAGGAAGGGCGACAAGACGGAAGGAAGCUCCGAGCUCCUUGUGGAGAUUCUGCUGUCCAUGGUUGCGCGCCCCUCGUCUUUGAUGCGUCAGGUCUCGCAGCAAGUGUUUGAAGCUUUUAGCAGCCACAUUACCGCCGGUGGCUUGCAGCUAUUGACAGACCCCUUGGCGUCCAACGAGAGCACAAAGGGCCAAAAGGAACUCUUCAACACCGAUGACGAUGCAAUGCUUAUCGACGAGGACGUCUCAGAAGACGGCGAUGAUGACAAUGUCGUCGAUCUGGAUGACGCCUCUGACGUCGAGCUUGGCUCUGACGUGGAGUUUGUCAACCUAGCCGACCAGGAAGACGCCAGCGACGAUGACAGUGACGACAGCGACAGCGACGACGAGGACGAGAACGGCGAUGAGCAAGAAGGCCCCAUCGACCUUGACGAGUUGUGCGCCACGAUCCUCAAGAGCCACCGGCUCGACAAGGACGCCGACGCCGCGUCGUCCGACUCGGACGGGGACAUGUCCGACGGCGCCAUGAUGGAGCUCGACGGCAAGCUCGCCGAGGUCUUCAAGCAGCGCGCGCGCGCCCGGCCCGACUCCAAGAAGGACCGCCGCGACGCGCGCCAGUCUGUCGUGCAGUUCAAGCACCGCAUCCUCGACCUCGUCGACGUCUACGCGCGCGUCGAGGGCGGCGCCCGCCGCAACCCGCUCGCCUUCGCCCUGCUCCCCCCGCUACUGAAUCUCGUCCGCACCACCGCCACCAAGCCCCUCGCCGUCCGCGCCUGCGACGUCAUCCUCAACUACCAAAAGGCCCUGCGAAAGGCCCGGAGCGGCAGCGGCAAGGCGGCACCCGUCCCCGCCUCCGCGGCGGAGCAGGAGGAGGACCUCCUCCCGCUGCUGACGGAGAUUCAUGAGGAGGCAGGCAAGGACAACGCCCACGCGUAUAGCAAGGCGGCCAGCGCGGCGAGCCUCAUCAUCGCGGGGUCGAUGCUGACGGCGGACCGCGACAGCAUACGGAGGAUCGCGGCCGUGUACGCGCAGACGCAGAGCCGCUGGGUGCUGGGCGAGGCCCGCCUGCAGACGUCCUUCUUCGUGGACUGGAACAACUGGUGCCAGAACCACGCGGCGCAGGCCCGGGACAAGAAGGCAGGAGAAGAAGAAGAAGAAGAAGAAGAAGAAGAAGAGUGA